AAACAAAGACUCAUGCUGCGAUUUCGGUACUUCCAGGCAUCAUGGCGACCAACAAAAUGAAUCAAGAGAUUGACCGGGCCAAAACAGACCUGAUUGUUCCGCUUGGCCUUGACAAAAUGCCAAAUUUGCCCUUCUUAGCAGGAAAACCGGCGUCACAACAAUCAAAUCCUAAUGGCCACAAACCACCGAGUCUCUUUGAAAUAAUAAAAGCAGGGUUAUUAAUACCUCUACAGAAUGUGGUGGAAAUGCAGCCAGAGAUGUUAAAAACAAGGGAUGAUAAAGGUCACACCCCAGCCCACUGGGCCUGCUUAGGAGGACACACAAAUAUCUUACGUUACAUUAUAGAAAUGAAGGGACCAAUCGACGAACCUAGUGAGAAUGAAUUAGGUGCUCACCCCAUCCACUGGGCCUGUGUUAAUGGACAUAUUGCAAUUGUGGAUAUUCUAGUCCAGACAGGUGUGUCUAUUGAUGUGACUGAUAAUAAGGGGGUGACACCCCUCAUAGCAGCAGCACAGUAUGGAAAAACUAUGUUAGCAGGUUAUCUUAUGGGGAAAGGUGCAAGACUACAAAUCUGUGAUAAGGAUGGAGAUAAUGCAUUACACUGGGCAGCAUUUAAAGGUCAUUCAGAAUUAAUGCGUCUCCUGAUAUACUCUGGCUUCAACCCAAAACAGAAGGACAACUAUGGUCAGACACCCCUCCACCUGGCCUGUAUCAGUGGAGACUUAACCUCUGUCAAAGAACUCAGUGAACAGGAUGGUGUGGAAAUAGACAUAGCAGACAAUAAUAACAAGACGCCAUUGAUGUUAGCAAGAGGCAGAAAGCACGAAGAAAUUGUCUACUACCUAACAAACCUCAUCAAAAACAAAAGUAGCUUUUUACCACGAAUAGAUUUUUGGUCUAUAAUCUUUGGUCCUCCUGGAAAUAGUAAAAUGCCUUUACUAUUUUUCAUUGUGAACACAAUAUUCUGGGGUUACCCAAUGUACAUUUAUAAGGUAAGGGAGAAGGAAGAUGGUAGUUUUGUGGCUCACUUUGCUGAGUGGAAGCAUGGAAAGAACCCUCUAAGUCGUCUAUGUCACACAUGUCGUACAGUUAAACCACUUCGCUCCAAGCACUGUAGGAUAUGUCAGCGUUGUGUGAGUGAGUUUGACCACCAUUGCCCAUACAUCUACAACUGCGUGGGCUAUAAUAACAGGGUUUGGUUUACCAUGUUUGUCUGCCUGGUGUUUGUGAACUGUGUUAUCACCCUGUACUUCUGUUACUGGAUACUGGAGGCCAAUGGGUGGGAUGAUUACAUUACCAUUAUUGGGGGUCUGGAGGCCACUCUGUUCAUUUUUCUGGCAGCUGUUCUCAGCAGUGUCUCGCUAUUUCACGCUACAAAGAACAUCACCACAAAUGAGAGAAUUAAUCACAAGAGAUACGACUACAUGAAGGAUGGAAAGGGAAAUUUCUACAACCCCUUUGAUCGUGGCAUUUGGCAUAAUAUUAAGGAGUUCUUACACCUGAGAAAACCACUGGGGGAGGAGGAAGUCCAGUUACUUAAUGUGGUGUGAUUGUCCAUUCAUUGUCCAGGUGUUGAGAAGUUAUGAUGUACCAGGCAGAGCAUAAACAGAUGACUUUUGUCCAGGUGUGUUGAGGACUUAGGAUAAACGGUAUACCAGUCAUAUACAGUUGUCAAUAGUGGUAAGGACAUAUCAGUCAGAGCAUUCUGGAGGUGAACAAAGCAAGAAAGCCAGAUUACCUGACCUCUUUGUAACAUCUUGGAUGAUAACACUGAACUUUUGUGUAUGGAGGUUGAAAGGAAAAAUAAAUAUUCAACGUAUACAGAGUUGAAGAAGUGUAUGGAAUGGAUUUUAUUGGAAAAUUGAUAAUGUUUUGAUUUUGAUAUCAACAUUUUCUUUGUGCAAACUGUCAGGCCAGGUGUAUUUCAGUAUUGUUAUAAUUAUAUGCCUGCUAAUUAAUGUUUAAAGCAUAUUUUGCUAGUCAUGUUAAACGAAGGUAGCUGUUCUUUCCAGUCUGAACUGC